CUAUGUACAGUCUAGAUCCGUGCCGGCUAGACAUUCGCUUUAUAUCCCCUGACACGGAAAGUUCGUCAUUCAGAGGGCGUAAACAUUCUCAUAAAGUAAAUUGAUGAUGGCGCUAAUGUGGAACGUAGUUCUGAUAAUCUCUGGAUUUGCAUAUCUCCAAUUGUCAAGUUUUGCGGAGAAUGUUAACGUCAUGUCUAUCUCAGCAGAUGAGACGGAUCCAUCAGAAGGUGUCGCUGUCAAUUGUGGUAAGGAGCCGAUUACUGUUACAUGGACACCUAAAGUACUACAACCCUCAGGGUCUGUUAAUGUGACUAUUAAAUACUAUUUACCCCACUAUCUGAGCUCCGGUAUAUUCAACGUGAGCUUAUAUUUCCACGGGGAGGACACGCCAUUUCUGGGCUAUGCCGACAGGUUUGACUGCGACACCCUAAAGGGUCAUACAGGGCGUUUUUCAUGUCCGUUUAGCAAAAAACCCUAA